AUGGCCUCAACAACCACCGCGGUAGCGGGGUUCGCCGCGCUUGUCCUGCUGCUCAAACCCUUGCGCGCCCUCUACCACUUUCUCGCCGACCCUUUCUUUUCGCCACUACGCAACGUACCCGGCCCUCGACCACAAAGCUGGCUAUGGGGGACGAUGAAGAUCACACGCAAGCUGACCCCGGCCGUGGCGCAGCGACAAUGGAUGCAAGAGUAUGGGCCUAUAUUCAUCACGUGGUCUGUCUUUGGCACUCCACGACUGGUCCUCGCCGACGCUCGUGGCAUUGGCCAUGUCAUCUCGAACUCUAUGGACUACCACAAGCCCCCAUUGGGCAAGUAUGUCGCCAGUCAAGUUGUUGGAGACGGUAUACUGACCGUCGAGGGAAUGGAACAUAAACAUCAGCGCAGAGUUCUGAACCCGGCAUUCGGAAUCGCCCAAGUCCGCGCAUUGCUACCCAUCUUCUUCGAGAAGUCCUUACAGCUUCGAGACAUCUGGAAGACCCGCGUAUCUGAGAACAAUUCGCCUCGGACGCUCGUCGACGUUUUGGAGUAUCUUCAACUGACUACGCUCGACAUCAUUGGCCUGGCAGGCUUCGGCUUCUCCUUUGACGCUCUGGGUCCCCCGGAUGACUCCCAGACGAAGGAGUUCACCGACGCUCUUCGUAUCCUUACUGAUGGCGAGCUUCCUGGCAUCAUGACGUUCCUGCAAGCCCUCAUUCCUGCUUUCCGGUACAUCCCUACGCCGCGGACGCGACGCAUCGCUAAAGCUCGGGCGGUCCUGAAUCGUGUUGGUGGCAAACUCAUCGACGAGCGGAAGCGACUCGUACUGGGCGAUGUCGUUCAUGAGAAGGUGACUCGGGACGAUGUCCAAGGCAAGGAUGUCUUGAGUAUACUCGUGCGAGCCAAUCUAGCGACCGACCUACCGGAUGCGAAUCGUCUGUCUGAUGCGGAUAUGCUUGCUCAGAUUCCCACGUUGCUCGUCGCAGGUCAUGAGACUACCAGCUCGGCCGUGACAUGGGGUCUACACUCCUUGUCAAACGACCAAAGGGUUCAGGACAAGCUUCGCGCAGAGCUGCGCGAAUGCAUCGACGCGCACGGACCGACGCCUUCUGCGGACGCGCUGAACGCCUUGCCCUAUCUCGAGAUGUUCGUGCGGGAAGUCAUGCGCCUCCACAGCCCUGUAUCCCAGACCCAGCGCGUCGCUACGAAGGACGACGUCAUCCCCACUGACCAAGAAUGGACUGAUGUUCAUGGUAUCACACGUACUGGUGUUCCUGUCAAGGCCGGAGAUAGUGUUAUGCUCCCCAUCGAGAAUAUGGGAAGGUGGGCAGCGAUAUGGGGGGAAGACGUUGAGAGCUUCAGGCCCGAACGCUGGGAGAAUCCUCCCGAUGCAGCGCAUGCUCUACCUGGAGUAUGGGGGAACACACUCGCAUUUCUUGGUGGUCCUCGCGCAUGCAUCGGGUUUCGGUUCUCGUUGCUCGAGAUGAAGGCCCUCUUCUUCACGUUGGUCUCUACCUUCCGGUUUAUGAAUGCCGUCGAGCCCGAGAAGGUCUUCAGGCGGUCUAUGGUCGUGACAAGGCCGUUCGUCCGGGGCGAAGAAGCCAAGGGCGCACACCUCCCGAUGUACAUAUCUCUCGUGGAGGAGGAUUGA